CGCUUCUACCUUCUCCACCUUUCACUCAGAUAACCGCCUCCUUAGCUGCAGCAGCUUCUUCUUCUUCUUCAGUUUCUGCUUUUCCCGAUUUCUCAAGCUACUCCCUUCCCUCUUCUCUCUCUUCUGCUUUAACCUUAUCCACUCUCAUACCUUCUUACGAUUUCUCUGUCAAGCUGCAGUGAUGUCUAACAUCGACAUGGAGCGCGGCGGCGGAGUGAGGAACGGAAAAGGGAGGGGCGGCCGGGUCGGUGGCCAAAACGAAGUGGUGGCGGCGGAGCCGUCUCAGUUUUAUUACCAUUCUGAUUCGAUGGUGAAGAGGGAAUGGACGCCGUGGAUCGUGCCGUUGUUUGUGGCGGCGAACGUGGCGUUCUUUGUGGUGGCCAUGUAUAUGAACAAUUGCCCCGCUCACUCCAAUUUCUACGGAUCCUGUGUGGCGAGAUUUCUCCAUCGAUUCUCCUUUCAGCCGCUGCAUGAGAAUCCCCUCUUUGGCCCCUCUUCCUCCACAUUGGAGAAGUUGGGAGCUCUUGUAUGGGACAAAAUUGUUCAUCAACAUCAAGGAUGGAGGCUUAUUACGUGCAUUUGGUUGCAUGCCGGUGUUAUCCACUUGUUGGCCAAUAUGUUCAGUCUGGUUUUUAUUGGGAUUCGCCUUGAGCAGCAAUUUGGUUUUGCGCGUAUAGGUAUAAUAUACCUUCUCUCUGGGUUUGGAGGUAGCAUUCUGUCUACACUUUUCAUCAGGACGAACAAUAUAUCCGUUGGUGCUUCGGGAGCUUUGUUUGGGCUUCUUGGAGCAAUGCUAUCAGAGCUGAUAACAAACUGGAGCAUCUAUACCAACAAAGCUGCAGCUCUAUUUACACUGUUGGCAAUCACUGUGAUCAAUCUGGCUAUUGGAAUACUUCCCCAUGUUGACAAUUUUGCUCAUAUUGGAGGCUUUUUAUCUGGUUUCCUUCUGGGAUUUGUCAUGUUGCUCCGACCUCAGUUUGGUUGGAUUGAACGCCACAAUCUUCCUGCUGCAAGUCAGGUCAAAUCAAAGCACAAGGUUUACCAGUAUGUUCUGUGUGUGAUUGCCCUGCUUUUGCUGAUAGCUGGGUUUACUGUUGGUUUAGUGAUGCUAUUUAGAGGAGUUAAUGCUAAUGAUCAUUGCAAAUGGUGCCACUAUAUAAACUGUGUACCCACAUCGAGAUGGAGUUGCGGGAAUUGAACUAUGAAGAAUGAGAAUCUCUCUUCUUUGAGCAGGACCGGAGUCUUUUGUAAAUUUGCUUUUGCUGGUAUUUUGAAUAUAGUUUAGAUUGAAUGUUGCGCUGCAGUUCAAUUUGUUUGUAAAUAGCUGAGAAUCAGGUGAUUUGAUUCUUCAGUGGGACUAGCGAUUUGAGGUGCGAGUGGUCUCUUACGCGGUACAUAUUUUAUGUGUUGUUAGAUCUGUUUCUUUUCUAUAUGAUCUCAGUCAUUCUGAUUUUUUUUCUCUUA